UUCAUCUCCUUCACUCACCAUUAGCACACUGGAAAAUGCUAUCUUCAGUACAAACUCCUCGUCUUCUCCGUUUCCAAUCCUUCUCUCUCAAAUGCCUCCACACCCACCCCACCACUACCCCACCACCCCCACAUUCCCAAAUCCUCACAAUCCGCAAAUCCCUUUUAUCCCGUGAAAUCUCAGCCGUUGAUCUCGCCGGAACUUUCUUGAACCGGUUACGUAAUACUGAACCCCACCUCAAGAGCUUUCUGUAUGUAUCCGACGUCGUAUUGAAGGAAGCUGAGGAGAUUGAUAGGAAGAUUGCGGAGAAUGAGGAAUUGGGUCCGCUUGCUGGGGUUUUGGUUGGGGUUAAGGAUAAUAUUUGUACUUCUGAUAUGCCAUCAACUGCAGGGUCAAAGAUUUUGGAAAAUUAUCGACCCCCUUUUGAUGCUACUGCUGUUGGGAAGAUGAAAAAGUGUGGUGCCAUUGUUAUUGGGAAAACAAAUAUGGAUGAAUUUGGUAUGGGGAGUACUACUGAAGGCUCGGGUUAUCAGGUGACAGCAAAUCCUUGGGAUUUGUCCCGGGUACCAGGUGGUUCAUCAGGGGGCUCAGCUGCAGCUGUUUCUGCUAGACAAUGUAUGGUAUCAUUGGGAAGUGAUACUGGUGGAAGUGUUAGGCAACCAGCAUCUUUCUGUGGUGUUGUUGGUCUGAAGCCAACAUAUGGGCGUGUCUCCAGAUACGGACUUGUGGCAUAUGCUUCAUCUCUAGAUGUUAUUGGUUGUUUUGGUUCAUCAGUUGCUGAUGCAGGCAUUCUCCUUCAUGCAAUUUCUGGUCAUGACAAGUUUGACGCAACAAGUAGUAAAAAAGAAGUUCCCGAUUUUGCUUCCCAAUUUACUGCAAGAGAUCAUUUGGACUCUAAACCUCUGAAAGGACUGAGAGUUGGUCUGAUCCGGGAAACCAUUGAAGAUGGAGUUGACCCAGACGUAAUUUCUUCAAUCCGUGGUGCUGCGAGUCAUCUUGAAGAACUUGGAUGCACUGUCACUGAGGUCUCUUUGCCAUCCUUCUCUCUUGGAUUGCCAGCUUACUAUAUCCUUGCUUCAUCCGAAUCUUCUUCAAAUUUGUCCCGUUACGAUGGUAUCAGGUAUGGGAAACAAGUUUUUGCUGAUGAGUUAAACUCCCUUUAUGGGGAAUCCCGUGCCGGAGGCUUAGGUUCUGAGGUGAAAAUGAGAAUCCUAAUGGGGACCUAUGCUCUGUCUGCUGGUUAUUAUGAUGCAUAUUACAAGCGAGCCCAACAGGUUAGGACUUUGGUAAGGGAAAGCUUCAGGGCAGCAUUAGAUGAGAACGAUAUUUUGAUUUCUCCUGCUGCACCAUCAGCAGCUUACAAAAUUGGUGAAAAGAAGAACGAUCCGUUGUCAAUGUAUGCUGGUGAUAUUAUGACUGUCAAUGUCAACUUGGCUGGUCUUCCAGCAUUAGUUCUCCCGUGUGGAUUUGUUAAUAGCAGUUCUGUGGCCCUUCCCGUUGGUGUUCAGAUGAUUAGUGCUGCAUUUGAAGAGGAGAAAUUGCUUAAAGUAGGCCAUAUCUUUGAGCAGACACUGCAAGGCUGCUCUUUUAUUCCUCCUCUAGUAGCUGAUGAAUUGGCAUGCUAGUCGUGAAUUCUUGUGCGCGGUUAUGUUCCAGUUAAUCAAUGUAACGAUUUCAUGAAAAGUGCUUGCCAUGGUGCAAAGCUCUGUCCUGACAGGAAAGACGACAAGUUCGUCUAUCUAGUAUCAAAUGAUCCACCAAACCUUCCGUGCUUGUGCCACUGUUUCCAAACGAAUCGUUACGUUCAGAAAACUUUCUUGUGCUGGUUUUUUUUAGGAGGAUUGGCGUAUAAAGAUACGCACCAAUCGAAAAUUCAUAACAACUCUCAAUAUCUGAGAUACUUGUAGCUUAUUGCAAGCAAAUUCUUUUUGUAAAUUAGCAUGCAUCAAUUUUGA